AUACCUAAGAAGGUCCAUCUAUAUUGAUCACACCAACUAAUCAUACAGUACCCGCCCCCUUAGCGACUGCCCCUGCAUGAAUGGUUAUGAAGAUUUAUGGGGAAAUUUUUUUUCUGCGCUGAUAUAUAUUUUGACCCCAAUUUGCUUGGGCUUUUUUGACGAUACCGUAUUUGAUGGACGUGAAGUUGAGCUAAGUUGGAGGAUCAGGAGGGAGGGUCUAACGACUACGAGUCACAAAAUUUGUUUUUCUAUAGGGUUUGGAUAGUCUUCUGCCAAAUAUAUCAUUUCAAAGACGUCAUAUUUUCGUAGAAUUAGAAGGGGAUACAAAUGGACUCAGAAAGUGACACCGAGGAGUUUUACGACGCCCCAGAAGAAGUCUCUUCCAGUCCUGCAAGGAAAGUGACAAGAGAAAGGGGAAUCCGCCAGUCGGCCACCAAUCAGUAUGAAGAUGAGCUACGUCAUUUGGAGGAAGAGAAGCGGAAGGCAGAGGAGAAGAGACAGAAGGAGGAUGCCAUCAUCCAGCAAAAGAUCAAAGAACUAGAAGAGAAGAAGAGAGAAGAGGAAGAACGAGAGCAACAGAGGCUCCGCGAAGAGAUGGAAAGACUACAGAAGGAGAGAGAAGAAGAAGUGAAGAGACGACUGGAAGAGGAAGAGCGACAAAGGGAGGAGCAGGAAGCCGAAGAGCGUCGCCAAGAAGCCAUUAGAAGGAGAAAGCGUUUAGAACAGAUGAGACGCAAUGAAGAUGGGGAGGAGAAUAUUAAUACCCAAACUGGUACCCACGAUCAAGGAGAAUCCCCUGACGUAGAACCACUGGGAGAGAAUUCAAAUCAUCAAACCAGCAGCAUAGACCAGGACCCCUCCCAAAGGUUGGAACGAGAACCAGGUCUUGCUAACCGGAAUGUAGAACCCGAUGUCAUUGCUAGCACCAAGGAGCGUCCCGUGGACCUCCCGCUGUCAGGGGCCAUGACUUCGUCACCUACCAGGGACAAAGCAAGUCCAUCAUCCAUUGCUCCAUCUGCCCAAGUUGGAGGGGUACAGGAUGACAUGCCUCCACCGGUAGCUCCUCCAAGGAGGAAGAAGAAACAGAAGAAGAUGGUGGAGAUGGCUAGACAGGAGAGCCUAGAUAGCCAGUCAAGCUCAGCCAUUUCCUUGUCAUUGAGAGAGCCUUCAGAGGAAGGAUCUCUGGCAGGAGGUGAAGAUCAACCCAUCGGUCUCCCACCGGAGAGUCAAAAUCGUCCUCACAGCGGUCUUCUGACCCCCACUACUACCAUCGAGAGCCUCACGAGGGAGCUUGAACAUUCUUUGGAUCUUGCCAGUGCUGUGCAUGGUGGAGACUACAUUAUUCUUCAUAAGGACACUCAAAGUAUCAAAGGAGAAUCAAGGGCAGACCUGAAAGUCCAAGGGUCACGUCUGCCGGAGUCCAUUCCUAAAGAGGUGAAGCAGGGCGGGGCAUGCGUUCCUAUUACCAGCUCAUCAUCUCAACCCGAUAAACCAAGCCGUGGGAACACCCCAGAGACAGAGAAACUUCUCAAGUAUUAUAACCUUAUGCAGGGCCAGUCCAUGACAGGGGAAGAAAUGACUGAUGAGGAAAUUCUAUCUCAAGUGAUUGUGAAGAACCUGGACACCGGUGAGACCGUGCCGUUACUGCUUGCCGAGGAAAGAUUACCAAAGUGCAUUAACCCCCUGUCCCUUCACAUCAUGCGUAUUACAUCAGAAUAUGUCAGUAACUCAAGUCUCGACAAGGAGGCAGGCAGUGACGGUGAAAAGGAGGCUGGUACCACUGAAGUUGCACACCAGAUCAAAGAAAAGAAGAAAAAGUUGAAGAAGUUUCUUGGUAAGACUGUGCAUAAGUUAAAGACGGCGGCUGACGAAGCUUUCAGGCAUGAUGAUCAGGAGAUUAGUGAAGAAGAAUCAAUACCAGAUACCCGCUAUUGCAAGUUCAAGGCAGCCUCAAGUCACAAAGGAAGCUAUGAUUUUGAUCAGCUGGUCAACUGUCAGGAUCUGAGUGGCGAACACACAGGAGCCAUCUGGACCAUGAGAUUUUCUCACUGUGGAAGAUUACUGGCAACAGGAGGCCAGGAUCACCUUCUGAGGGUGUGGGUUCUCAAGGAUUACUACAAGUACUUCGACGACAUGCGCCAACGCUACAACAACGAAUCACGGGCCAAGUCCCAGACCCAGGGCAGCUCCGACAGUUCCAGCUCCAGCCUGGAGCGUGACCGCAAGCCGGAGGAGAUCGAGGAGGAGCGGGACCAGCUGAAGAAGGAGGUGAUGGAGAUGGAGGGAUCCAUUGAGAAGGAGGAGGCGGCCAGGAGAGCGGAGAAGGAUACAUCGCUGGAGGAUGUCGAUCAGGCGGAGGAGGACGGGGAGGCGGUGUUCGCCAAGGCACCGUUCUUCUCCUACUCGGGUCACACGGCUGACCUUCUUGAUAUCUCUUGGUCAAAGAACUAUUUCAUUCUCUCUUCGUCAAUGGAUAAGAUGGUUCGUCUGUGGCAUAUCUCUCGUAGUGAAUGUCUCUGUUGCUUCCAACACAUAGACUUUGUGACAGCUAUUGCCUUUCAUCCAAGGGAUGACCGCUAUUUUCUCAGUGGCUCACUGGAUGGAAAGCUCCGUCUGUGGAACAUCCCCGAUAAGAAGGUCGCCCUCUGGAACGAGGUUGACGGUCCGACCAAGCUCAUCACGGCAGCUAACUUCAUCCAGAAUGGCAGGUUUUCAGUCGUUGGUACCUACGAUGGUAGAUGUAUCUUCUACGAUACAGAGCAUUUGAAAUACUACACUCAGAUCCAUGUAAGGUCAACAAGAGGUCGCAAUGCCAAGGGACGUAAGAUCACCGCUAUCGAGCCUCUGCCUAGCCAAGACAAGAUCCUUGUAACUUCCAAUGAUUCCAGGAUACGCCUUUAUGACCUCCGUGACCUCUCGCUGGCGUGCAAGUACAAGGGUUGCACCAACAUUAGCAGUCAAAUCAAAGCAUCGUUCAGCCAUAAUCAUCGUUAUAUCAUCUGCGGAUCGGAGGACCAUGCUUUCUACAUGUGGAAAACACACUAUGACUUUGCCAAGUUUACAUCAGUGAGGAGAGACCGAAAUGACUUCUGGGAGUCGAUAAGAGUCCACGAUGCAGUGACAACAUCUGUAGUCUUCUCUCCAAACCCUAAGCUCGUGUUGGGAUCAGCUCCCUCGGCCAUCGCUUCCGGUCUUGACCCCCAGCAGCUGGUCGGAGGGUCGUCGUCCCCAUCGCCGACGUCCAAGAAGGAGCGAUCGGAUUCCGCCAAGGGGGAGCCCAGCGGAAAGGAGGGAAAGCACUCCUCGUUGAAACGGCCUCCAGAUCUUGGAGAGGUGCUCGUCUCGGCAGACUUCAAUGGAGCUAUCAAGGUCUUCAUAAAACAUCAAAAAUAAGCUUCUACAUCUCAGAGAGAGUGUGUGUGUGUGUAUUGAAGUGUGAGAGGGAAAUAGUGAGAGAGAGAGGGUAAGAGAGAGAGUGAGAGAGAAAGGACUUGUCAUCUCUGUCUUGCAAGAAACUCCAUGCCAGUUGUUGCCGAUGGUUACAGGGUUGUAUAUCCUGUGCAGGUGCUAAGAUUAAGAGUACAGACUCAUCGCAGACUCUUCCCGCUCUUUGGUAGCUCCUGAUUUUAGAGCCUCGUUAGCCUUGACAGAGCUUCACCUUGUACAGCACCCGUGUGAAUCUCCAUUAUAGGACCAGCAGAUAACAUCCUACAAGGGGAACUCCCAUGAAUUAUCUACAGACAAGAUAUAAAGUGCCCCUCAUCUAAUGUAUGUGUAGUAUAUGUGUUACCCUACAAAUGAGGUAAAAAAUGAUGUCUGUAUAGAGGCUAUUUGGCCUGCUCAUGUUCAUUCCAAGAUAGACACUGUAUAUAAUGUUGUAUUUUGCACAGUUGUCAUUUACAGGGGCAAUUUUGCUACUUACAGCGGCUGUUUUUGUACAUUUCAUUGGCUAUAUAGCCUUUGGUCACUGCAUUUUUUUUUUGCCGCUACAAACAUGAACUAGAUACCAUGAAAGAGAUGUGGAAUACUUUGCCACUCUCCAUCCAGGUGAAGCAUGAGUACCAGUAGACACCAUGGCAGAGCUUAUAAAAAUGGAGACACUUUUUUGUAUAAAAAUGGAGGGUUUAUGUCCAUUUUUACCCCCUCACCAAACAGUGCAUGUACAUGUGUUGCAAAUGUAAUUGAAUGGAUGAACUUUAAUGCAGCUUGCUUAUAUUUUAUUUUUUUGAAGAUAAGGUCACUGAUUAAUUCACACUCGUAUGUGAAGUAAUGAAUGAUGGUCUCGUAACUUUAGAGAGAGACCUGACAAUGACGCUAUCAUAUUUGCUAGAAUCUACAGGGGACUUUUAUGAAAGCACUUGUAUGUUUUAUACAACAAAAGUAUGUUUUAUCCAACAUUUACCAUAUGAUCUGUGCUUCUCAGCCAAUCAAAAUCAAAGAAACUUGUCUGAUCCAUGGUGUUGUCAAACAAAACAUUGUUGAUGAAAUGCUUUCCAUGUUGUUCCACAUGUAGUUAUCCUUUCACCUCAUUCAUGAACAUUCUUGAACUUCAUGAACCUCAGAAUUAUGCAAUUCAUAUGAGUGGUUAUUUAAGAAUUAUGUUCCAUGUAGUCCAUUGACUUUUAUGAAGACUAUAUUGUGUUCAAUGCGAAGAAGAUUUAGAUUAAUACUAAUAACUAUAAUUUUACGUGCUGAAGUAAAGUGCCUAACACUUUAUCAAAAGUCCCAAAGCACUCAAAAUUAAUGCAGCGUAAUUACCCUGGCUUUAGAAAGGUAGCUGUUACGCAAUCUUAUAUUGAGAGGUUUGGAAUACAUUGUGAUGUAUAAUCAUUAUUUGAACUACAAAGUACAAAUUUGUCAUUUUAAGGAAUUUUCCUAAACUUUUUCAUCAUUGCUAUUUAUUCAAUAAUGUCCAUUCAUCAGUAAAGAAAAAAUAUAUGUUACUAAUCUAAUUAAUUUAGUUCAGCAUCUAUAUUGAAUUCAAUUCCAACAGCUUGAAAAAAAAAUCACUGUAGGUGAUAUUAAAUUUGGAAACAUUUAUCAAUUCCAUAUCAGUGUUUUUUAUUAGAGAAUUAGUAUUUCAUAGAUUUUUCUUGAAUAUUUCUCAUCAUUCUAAUUAAUCCAAUGGCAUAUCAGUAUUUCUAUGUUGAGGCUCAUGUCUAAAUAUUAAAAACGGGUUUAAUUCACUCCGAGUAUUUCAUGAAAAUGAUAAUAGUUUAAUGUUUUUUUUAAUUCAAUAAAUCGCCUCUCUUUAUUAAAAAAGUAGGAGGAACACAUGUGCUUCAAUUAGAACAAAAGUUGCAACGUAAAUGGGCAUUGGAUCAAGAGGCCAGUACUUCAAAGUCUCGAUGCCACUGGAGAAAACCUCCCAUAGACUUUUUACAUAUGACUAGGGCCGAGGCCGAAGCCAAGGCCGGCAAAAUUUGGCCUCAAUGCGGCCUCGACCACAUCCCUCAUUGGAACCAAAUUAAGUUUUGUACACAAAGCAGUAUGAAUUUUUAUAAAUGCUUCCAUUUUAUGUUCUUUUAUUUCUUAAAACGCAUGUGGCAGAGUUAUUUUUGUAAUAAUUAUUUUCAUAGUCGUGCAUGUAUUGAAAUGUUUUGUAUUUAUGCAUAUACUUUAUCACAUAUCUCCAUGCUCUCCUAAAAUAACCGUAAUAUUGUUAUGUUAUAUAUUUACUCAUAUGUAUAUGGCAUUAUGGUUUAGAGUAGCUUAUAUGUAUGAUUGGUAUCAGCUUGCUCCAUGUAAGCAUUAUCUUUAUAUUUUUGUAAUCUUUGUUUUGUUUCUGUAUUUCCAAUCGUGUCACAUGAACGCCACAUUAACAUGUGUAUCAUAUAACAAACUUCAUCUUCUUAAAGGGAUGGUCCGGGCUGAAAAUAUCUAAAUAAAUAGGGUAAAAAUUCACAGAGGAAAAUUCUUAAAAUUUCAUCAAAAUCGGAUAACAAAUAACGAAGUUAUUGAAUUCUAAAGUUUAUCAUGAAUAUUCAUUAGGUGGGCUGAUGAUGUCACAUCUCCACUUUUCUUUUUCUUAUGCUAUUACAUGAAAUCAUAAAUGUUUCAUUAUUUCAUACAUGUGUAAAUGAUGUGUCUCCAUUAUGGUGAAAUAAGUUGCGGCAAUAAAUAACUAAUGCACUUAUCAGUUGUCAAUCCAAUUGUUAUAGUUCUUGGUAGAAAAAUUUUGAAUAAACCUAAUUUCAUAUAAUAAAAUACCAAAGAACAAAUGGG